CUGACAAGUACAUACUACUCGAGCCCUAACCCCUUGACAUGUCGGAACUUCUAGAGCAAUAACAACGACAAAUUAAUACUACUAUGGUUUCACCAGCCAGCCAUUCUAGACAUUCCCUCCAUCGCAAAGUAGAACCUCUGGUGACAACUCAAGUUGUAAUAAGCUCGUACGACUUAAGGAAUAGCGUGUCACCUAUUCUAGCAUUUCAUGAUGUCUUGUCAGUGGACGACCCAGAGCUUCUUGCGAUUACGCCACGUCCUGCGCUGGCGCUGGUUCUGGUUUUUCCAACUUCAAGCGACUAUGAGAAGAAUCUAGAGGAGCAAGGGAGAUUAAUACCCGAUCAUUACGAGACAGGGGACGGUGAGAAUGUUAUGUGGUACAAACAGACAAUCAACAAUGCCUGUGGGCUUUACGCUAUUUUUCACGCGGUUAGCAACGGCGACGCGAGAGAUCUUAUCAUUCCAGACUCUCACCUAUCUCAUCUGCUUGAGGUAUGCCCGUCAUUAAAUCCAAUGGAGCGCGCCCGGGUCAUUGAAGAUGAUGCCGAUUUAGAAGCAGCCUAUAAGGCAGUAUCUCUGCAAGGCGAUUCAGAAGUCCCUGAGAACCCUGAGGAUGAGGUCGAUUUCCAUUAUGUCUGCUUUGUCAAAUCUCAUAGGAAUGGCCAUCUCUAUGAAUUGGAUGGAGAUCGAAACGGACCAAUAGACAGGGGGUUGCUAGGUCCAAAUGAAGACGUCCUUUCAAUGAGUGGACUUAGUGUGAUCCAAGAGUUUGUCCAAAGAGAAAAGGAAAGGGGAAAUCAAUUUAGUUUACUUGUUUUAGCGCCGCAGUAAGUUCAUUACUUAG